CCUCUCGGCGGACGUGCCUCUUUUUACAAACAACGUCACUCUCGCUGGAACCGCCGAGAGAAGAAGGACAAUUUUUGUAACGCGCACUUUAUUUCCUACCUUCGGAGCAAACGGUCCAGUCUUCGUGUCCUGCCGUCACAUACUUAGAAUUCAUAAACAGUGAAAAUAUAAAAGAGGCAAAAUGCAGUGGCGCCUGGCGCACUCGAACAAGUUCCUGGUGAUCGCCGCCCGACGAUUCACGCAGCGCCAUGACCCUGAACUGCGGGGCAAGGUCAUGGCCAUUCGCCGCGAGGACCAGAGUGUCUGGGAGCGACGAGCGCCCCUGUCGCCGUCCAAUGUCAGAAUUCUCACAAGGGCCGGCGUCAAGGUGAUCGUGCAACCUUCGAACCGUCGCGCGUACCCGAUGCAAGCGUACGCGUCGGCCGGCGCCGUGAUCCAGGAGGACAUUUCGGAGGCGAGCGUCGUGUUCGGGGUGAAGCAGGUGCCGGUGGACGCGCUGCUGCCCAACCGCACCUACUGCUUCUUCUCGCACACCAUCAAGGCCCAGGAGGCCAACAUGGCGCUGCUGGACGCGUGUCUCGAGAAGAACAUUCGGCUCAUCGACUACGAAAAGCUGAUGGACGACCGCGGCCAGCGCGUCGUCGCCUUCGGCAAGUACGCCGGCGUCGCCGGAAUGGUCAACAUUCUGCACGGCCUCGGCCUUAGGCUGCUCGCCCUCGGACACCACACGCCCUUCAUGCACGUCGGCCCGGCCCACAACUACAGAAGUUCCUUCAUGGCUAGACAGGCUAUCAGAGAUGCAGGAUAUGAAAUUUCUCUAGGAAUGAUGCCCAAAUCUGUUGGGCCUUUGACAUUUAUUUUUACCGGGAGUGGAAAUGUGAGCCAGGGCGCCCAAGAAGUGUUCCAAGAGUUACCCUUCGAGUACGUCACUCCAAAUAAUAUAAGAAAAGUUGCAGAACAUGGAGCCACAAAUAAAAUUUACGGCUGUGAAGUGAGUCGUCGUGACCAUCUCGAGCGCAAGGAAGGAGUUGGUUUUGACCCGAAAGAGUACGACCAGCACCCUGAGAGAUACAUUUCUACAUUUAGCAAAACAAUCGCUCCUUACGCGUCUGUGAUUGUGAACGGCAUUUACUGGGCCGUCGGAAGUCCGAAACUUCUGACCAUUCCGGACGCCAAGCACCUUCUGCGACCGGCCCACACGCCCUGGCUGCCCAUUUCAGGCGGGGCCCCUGCCCUUCCGCACAGGAUGCUCGCGAUCUGCGACAUCUCGGCCGAUCCCGGAGGCUCCAUCGAGUUCAUGAACGAGUGCACCACCAUUGACACGCCAUUCUGUCUUUACGAUGCUGACAGAAAUAAGGAAACUCAAAGCUUCAAAGGUCCAGGAGUUUUGGUUUGCUCGAUUGAUAACAUGCCAACGCAGCUACCAAGAGAAUCCACCGAUUUCUUCGGUGACCUUCUUUUGCCAUACGCCAUGGACAUCUUGAAGUCCGACGCAACAACUCCUUUGGACGCCCAGGAAUUGUCUUCAACCGUUCAUGGCGCCAUAAUUGCCAGCAAUGGUCAUCUAGCUCCAAAUUACAGAUACAUCCAAGAUCUCCGAACGGCAAACAGUAGUAGGAGCCGCCAUAAGGUAUCUGCUGACAUGGAAGAAUCUGCCAAAAGGAUUGUUAUUUUGGGUGCAGGUUUUGUCAGCGGCCCUGUCGUUGAGUACCUGAGCAGAGAAAAGAACAUCCACAUCACUUUGGCUUCUGCGUUGAAGGACGAAGCGGACGAGGUGGCGGCCAAGCACGGCGGCAACUCGGUGGAGCCGAUUCUGCUGGACGUGGUGCACCGUCCAGAUAUGCUGGACGAGCUGGUGCAGUCGGCCGACCUGGUCAUCUCGCUGCUGCCGUACGCGCUGCACCCGAAGGUGGCGCAGAGCUGCGUCGACGCCGGCACGCACAUGGUCACCGCCAGCUACUGCAGCCCCCAAAUGCAGGAGCUGCACGAAGCAGCAAAAGCCAAGGGCGUCACCCUGAUGCACGAGGUCGGACUCGACCCCGGCCUCGACCACCUGCUGGCCCUCGAGUGCUUCAACGAGGUCAAACAGGCCGGCGGAAAGGUCGAGUCCUUUAUCUCCUACUGCGGAGGACUUCCCGCCCCUGAAUUUUCAGACAACCCUCUCAGGUACAAAUUUUCGUGGUCACCGAGAGGAGUUUUGCUCAACACUUUGAGCGGCGCCAAGUACCUCAGAAAUGCAAAGCACAUUGAGAUUCCGUCCGGAGGCGCCCUGAUGGACUCGGUGGAGCAGCUGGACUUCCUGCCAGGUUUCGCCCUGGAGGGUUUUCCGAACCGCGACUCUUGCCACUACAAGAGCCUCUACGGCCUCUCCGGUGCCCACACAAUGCUCAGGGGCACCCUCAGGUUCAAAGGGUUCGCCGACUCGAUGAAGGGUCUGCAGGCCUUGGGACUGCUCGGACUCGACCACCACCCUGCCCUCCACCCUAACGGCCCCGAAAUCACAUGGCGUCAAUUGGUGACCACUUUGAUGGAGUUGCCGCAAAUCGACAUUUUCUAUGAAAACUUGAAAGCCGCUAUUUACGAACGAGUCGGCCGCUCUCACCACCGACUGGACGCGGUUGAGAGGCUGGGCCUGUUGACUGAUGACCUCGUACUAAAAAAAGAGACCCCACUCGACACCCUUAGCCACUUUUUGGCCAAGAAACUGCAGCUAGGAAAAAAUGAAAGGGACUUGGUGAUUUUGCGUCACGAAGUGGGAAUUGUGUGGCCCGACGGCCGACGGGAAAUCCGAGGCAUCAACGUCGUUUCCUACGGAGACGCCGACGGCUACUCGGCCAUGUCCAAGACCGUCGGCUACCCAGCAGCGAUCGCAGCCAAAAUGGUUUUGGACGGUGAGAUCCAGACGAGAGGAAACGUGCUGCCCUUCUCGCAAGACAUCUACUUGCCAAUGCUGAGUCGGUUGAAACUCGAAGGACUGCAGGCAACUGAGCAAUCUGUGUGGCUCUGAAUUAAUUAAUAAUGUGCUCAAGAAAGGAGGCAAAUCAAAAUUUUUUGUACAAAAUGAAAUCUCCGUUUAAAAUAUUCUCAUUUUAAAUAGGCAGAUAUAUAUGUAAGUUUGGACUAAAAUUAUAUAAAUGAUUUAAUAAAAAGCAGUUUAUUUUUUAAUGUUAAAUAAAACGCAUUUUACCCUAAAAGUGCAUGCAAACAUCAA